UCCCAUUCAUUUGUGUCUGUUCUUUCCCAGCUUUGUGGCAGAAGAUAUUGUCUGCCAUUGUUCUGCGAAGCCCAAGGAAGAAAACGUUUUAUCCCAUUGCAAAGAUACAUAAUUCAUAUAUAUAUUUAGCCUUUUGAACAGUAGUUCAUAUGGUUUCUGCCAAUGCACGUAACAUGUUCGACAUUUGGUUAAGUUGAAGCCAGAAAGUGAAGAUGCCUGCAAAGUUGAUGCAUUCAGAUGGAAACCCAGAUUUGCAGAAGCAAUUUGGGUGCAUUAAUGGACUGUUUCGCCAUUUUCUUGGUAGCCCACGCGUUGCCACUUCGAACCACAAAGGCGUUUUACCAGGUUCAAAUGGGAAGCAUGGAAAUAAUCUCAAAACAGCUGAGAAAGAGAAACAAAGAUUGUCCUCCGAAUCACCCCGAACUUCCUUUUCGUCCUCCACUUGUUCAUCGAGUUACUCAUCAGCUGACUGCACCAAAGCAUCUCGAGCUGAUCGACAUCGAUCUUCGUCAAGCCAAACCGGUUUUCGUGAAAUCCCGGAGCAGGGAAUAUGCAAUGAUAAACCGCUGGUUUCUUUGCAGUCAAGCCAACGUUCAGUUGAGCUUAGAAAUAUGGUUAAAGACUGCAUCUACAGAGAAUCUGGCGGAUUAUCUGUUAAAACUAGGACGAAAGAGGCUGCAGGGAAGCACCAGAUUUUGAAGUACAUAGAUUCACCGAGGCCCUUGCAGUCACUAAAGCCUGCAAUGACAAGGAACACCAGUCUCAGUAAAUUAAGUCAUGAUUUUUCCAAGCUUCGAGAAGUGCCUAGAACGGCCGACGGAUGCAAGGAUGGUUCACUCGCUUUCGUGCCAAGGGAUGCUUGUCGGUUCUCUUACGAUGAGAGGAGAUCGCACGAUGGGGUUAAAGUUAAGCUCAAGGAUCAGCCAAGGUUGUCGCUCGGUAGUAGGGAUGUCUCCAUCAAAGUUUCAACAAAUGAUACGAAAUCGAAGUUCCUUCUAGGAGAGCUAAACACAAGAAGCCAACAACAAGAAACUGGAAGCUGCAAAGGACCAUCCAGUGUUGUAGCCAAGUUGAUGGGGUUAGAAACAUUUCCAGACCCUAUGCUAAUCCAUGGGAAUCGAUGUUUCCGGAUCAAGACUAGUCAGGAUCUGAAAGAUGAUCCCGCUUCACUCUUAUCGAGAUUCAAUGAGAAUAAGAGAAAUCAAGUUUCUUGUUCUCCAAGAAAUUCAAAGAAGGAACCCAGCUCACCUCAUUUGAUAAAUGCAGACUCAAGGAAACCUGUUGCAACUAGAUGUCCCAAUGAACAGGCCCCUUGGAAGCAUAUGGAUGGAAGCAGAGAUCAAACACCGGCUUUGAAGUGUAGUCGAGAAACUCCACCUAUAGCCCAAAACGCCUCUCUAACUGUUUAUGGUGAAAUCGAGAAAAGGUUGGUUGAACUCGAGUUCCAAAAGUCAGGAAAGGAUCUCAGAGCACUUAAACAAAUACUUGAAGCAAUGCAGAAGUCUAAACAGAUGAUAGAGACCAGAAAAGACGAUCAAGCUUCAAAUUUUGCAUCUCACACAAACAGCAUCCUUGGUCAGAGCUCAGAAGCACCCAAUUUGAGAAAGGUACAACACAGCAAUACAGUUUCUGCCAUUGUUAAGGGAACUAGUACUCAAACACACCUUAAAUCCCAUGUAAAGGUUAUAAAACCAGCAAAAUGCAUGGAUAAUACCAGCAAUUCUUGUUCAUUAGCAGUUGGAGCAGGCAGUUUAAGUAGAAUUCGUAUCAGUAGUAGCCCUGCAGUUGCCGGAAAUGAAAAGAUUGACAAGCGACCAUAUAAUGAAUUAACUCUAAGACCUAAUUCUCCUAAGGAUCUUUCAAGCCGCCUCCAAUCGAGGGAUAAGACGACUUCCAGAGCUCUAAGAUUCAGCCAAACUUCAAAAGAGCUUCCACCUAUUGCUCAGCAAAACCCAAAGCUGGCAACGAGCUCAGAGACCGCACGCCUUGAACUGCAGCAGAAGAAGCUUGAAUCAGAAAAACCUCGUCGAAUUUUUCCAGCAUCAGGUCAGUGCAUAAGCAGAAGGCAAUCAAGCAGACUACAAACAGAACCAGGCUUGACACAUUGGAAAUCCGGGAAUAAACCCCACAAUUCGCAAGGAGAUGCUAAUAUCAGUGCAGCCACAUGCACGGAUAGAUCUUAUAAGAUGGAGAGACCAGUCUUACAAAAACAGGAAAAAAUUCAUAAAAAUGCAACAACAGAACCUCCAAGUACAGUCAUGGAACAACCUAGCCCGGACUCUGUUCUAGAUGCCACAUUCUAUGGAGACGAAUCACCGUCUCCUGUGAAGAAAAAAUCAAAUGCCUUUAAAGAUUAUGAGGGUCUUAUUGCUGAUGAAGCAGAUCUGAAUAACAAACAGCUUCUAUUAGAGGCAGUUAACGAAAUUAUUAUGAGAAAACCAAAGAGACAGCAGGCAGUAAGCUAUUUAUGUUCAAAAACAGAUAAUUUACAAACUCCAUCAAUUAUAAGCUUGGAUGAUGAGGCUGACAGUCUGCAAAGCAUCAUAUCAAGAGAUUUGACGAUCGGAUCAAUGGAUUGGGCUGAUUGCAAGAGAGAAAUUCCAGGGGUUGUAUUAGAUGUGGAGAGGUUGAUCUUCAAAGACUUGAUAGGUGAAGUUAUCUGGGGUGAAGCAGAACAUCCUCAAGGGUAGCACUGUUUGUGAAGUUAUGAUAUCUUAUAAUGUUUUGUUUCAAUAAAGAAGGUUGUAUCUUUCUUUAUUUUCCUCUUAACUUCUUUAGGGUUAUAGUUUCAAAUAAAGCUUGGAUGAAGCUUCCCUUGAUCAUACCAUGUAAAGUAAAAAAGCUUGUGAAAUACAUGUUGCAAUC